AUGACGAGCUCCCAGACGAACCCAUAUAUGACCCGUUUGACGCGCCCAACCCAUCUGGUUCUUUUAGAGAGGCACUGGGAAGAAGUGUUGCUGCUGCAGAAAGCCGAGCGAAGGAAGCUGAAUCGUUGGUAG